AUGGGGUACAACAAGGGGUUGAAAUUCGGCACAGUUGUCACUGUGUUGAUGGUUUUAGUCGCGAUUUAUUAUCGAAACUCUGAAAAUGUUCUUCAGAAGCGUCUGAAAACUUUAAUUCGCGGCUUAGAGAGGAUUGAGAACAAACACGUGAUCAUUUCGAGACCGAAAGUCGCAAUAGGUUAUGGCGUGUGCACUGACGUUUUCGUGAACGCUGAACAGUUGUUAAAAUAUUCCGAGGAGAUUGGACAACCGGAACAUUUCGAUGAAAUAAACACAGAAUUGGAAUUGUUGAAGAGUUUCGCUUAUUACUUCCGACAUGGAGCCGCUGCAGAGAGAUACAUGCCGAACCGAACAUUAUUCGACGAUCUCGUUACAAAAGCUCGUUCAUUUCCGUCCUCUUAUUCUACUAUCGGUGGAAAUGCAGCUGUUAUGGCAUUACGAUUCGCUCGAGAGGGAUGCGACGUGACGCUUGCCGCAAAAUUGACGAAGUCAUUGCAUCAAAUGAUACCUCAGAUCAUCAAUGUUGUUGGGGGAGAAGUGAAACGGGACGAUAUUCAUUUAAUUAUAGAGUAUAAACACGGUGAUGUUUGGGGUCCUUACUCCAGCGCUAGAGCAAAUAGAUAUAUAGUCCACAACGAUGCCAUUAAUCCAUUGAUAAGUUCAUUUGAUGCAUUCGAUAAACUGUUAUCUACAUAUCAGCCUAACUUGCUUGUUAUCAGUGGCCUACAAAUGAUGGACAACUACCCAUUCCCAGAUGGUGAACAGAAGAAGCUUUUACUUAAGGUGAAGAAGCAAAUGAUGGAACGAUCGCCGUUAACGAGGAUCCAUUUCGAAAUGGCAUCGUUUGUAGAAGAUAAAUUACUGUUCGAAUUGUGCGAUUCGGUUAUACCGUUCGCGGACAGUUUGGGAAUGAACGAGCAAGAAAUUGCCAAUUUACAUAAUGCUAUGUAUUAUGGAAACAUUUCUUUAGUAGCCAAUUCGACGCCGCGAAUCGCGACGGUUUUAGAUCAGAUGCGAACGUUGUUUAAAUUGAUACGGAUGAAAAGCAAGUCAAUUCUCAAUUCGCGCGAGCUUACGCGAAUUCAUGUACAUACGUUAGCGUAUCAGGCUAUAUUUACUGUAAAAGGGACUACGUGGAAGAAUACGAUGGCCGCUGCAGCGAAAGCAUCGUUAACGGCACACAGACACGUAUGCGCGACAAGUUAUGUUGACGUUAGGAAAGCAGCCUUGAUUUUAGAUGAUAGCUUCUCGACGUCUAUCAUCGACGGUACUCGGAUAGCACUGGAUAUUAAUAAACCAGUUUCUUGUUGGGACGAAAUAUUGAGAACGGGAACCGAUGAUAUUUCCAUUCAAGUAUGCGUCGCACCUGUUCUGGUCUGCACUGAAGCGGCUCAGACUGCCGGUGGUGGUGAUAAUAUUUCAAGCGCGGGGCUUGUACUGCAAAUCUGAACUUUGCAUUUCGCACGAUACAAUCGAACGA